AUGCCAAUUGGUAAAUCAAAUAAAAAUCAGAAUAUGCGAAAUGCUAAAUCGGACAGUGCACUUCAACAACCAGAAUAUGAUCCGAAAACAAACCAGAAAAUUAUACACAGAUGUGUUGUAUGCGCUUUCGACAGAACUUUAGUCGAUAAUUCACAACCAAUCCAACAAGAUAAACUCAGUGAUUUAUUAGUUUCACACCUGAACAAACGAAGAAGUCAUAAAGCUCGACUACUUUGCCUACAAGAUCAUUUGGCGUUUCAAAAGAAAAGUUUCUUAUCGAAAUCGCUAUUUCAUGAUAAGGUAAUGUAUAAAGACAUUGAACAUUAUUUUCUUUGUUCCGAAUACCCAAAUAUAUUUAUGUUAUCUCUGAAGUCAGAAAUACCAGGAUCAAGUUAUUAUGAAACGUAUAAGUGUAAAGAUGUUGAAGACGCCAAGCGUUUGUGUGAUAUGGUAUAUCAAGCUUGUCAGCAACCUGAUAAAACAAUACACGAUAUACCACCCGUUUCUCAUACACGAUCAUUAGAUGUUUCUUCAUUGAAGUCAAAAUCACUAUCGCAUAUUGAUACACAGACUAGUUCUGAUGUAGUCAAUAAAGCUUCACUUAAUCGAUCAUUAUCGCAGAGUUUAAAUGAAGGUUGGGCAACACCAAAAUUACACGAUGAUUCACCCAUUCAGUCACCAUUACAAUCAUCAAUGCAUUCGCCACUUCGUUCACCAUUACUGUCAUACCAGUCACCUGUCCCAACACCGAUUAAUCAGGAUUCUAUGAUAAAACCACUAAUGGUAACACCUGUCAACACAGAUAAUACUGCAGCUUAUGUUUCUGGUGAAGUUGAUGCUGUUGAUAUGAAGAAAAAUACAACAUAUUUUGAUUAUGAUCCAGUUCAUGGACCACAGAUCAAUGAAGUUGGACCGAUCUACAUGUUUAUGGUGAGACAUCCAUCACAACAUGACAUGCUGAAUCUGAUGAAUGAACCAUAG